AUGCCGAGGUCGAACAAGCCGCCGCCGGGGGCGGCGGCGCCGGAACCUUUGCCGCCGAUAGCGGUGCCGGUGGCGAUGCCUGGGCAGCACGGUAACGGAGUGGACCUGAACCGGGACUUGGACUUCGAGGCCUUCAGCCUGCUUUCGAGGUCUCUUCCCACUGUCGGACCGGUUCUGGAACCUGAGCCGAGCGACUUGGCCAUGCUCAGACCUGUCCCAUAUCGGUCCCGCAGUGUCGUUCAUCGUGGCCGCAACGAUGGCCCUCUUGACGAGGAUCAGGAAUGUGGGCGAGAGGCCGUGACGGACGAUGAUGGCGCUGCCGACGCUGCUCCUACGGAGACCUCCCCCCUUCUACGGCCUCGAGCUGGCUCUGCGGACUCGACCGCGGGGAGCGAGCCGCCAGUGCCGCCUCCAUUUCUCAAUGACACUUCCCCCAGUCGCUUCUGGUUCAUAUUUUCCCAGCUCCUACUCACCCAGUUCAUCGGUUGCUUCGACGGCACCGUCAUGGCCAGCUCGCACCCCGUCAUCACCUCGUACUUUCAAUCCGCCAACUCUGCCUCGUGGCUCUCCACUUCCUUCCUCCUUACCUCGACUGCCUUCCAGCCGCUGCUGGGAAGGCUGUCCGACGCCAUCGGCAGGAAGCCCCUGUUUCUCGGCACCUUGGUCGUCUUUGCUCUCGCCACCACCUGGUGUGCUCUCGCCCAGACCAUCGAGAGCUUCAUCGCUGCGCGUGCCUUUUGCGGUCUAGGCGCCGGCGGGUCCAUGACGCUCGGGAGCAUCAUAACGAGCGAUCUCGUGCCCAUCGAACGUCGAGGAGUCUACCAAUCGUACAUCAACGUCAUCUUUGGCCUUGGGUCCGCCAUGGGUGCCGCCCUAGGGGGUGCCGUGGCCGAGGCGCUGGGCUGGCGGUGGGAGUUUGGUGUCCAGGUCCCUGCCCUGCUGUUGUGCAUCGCCAUCUCGGCUAUCGCCAUCCCUAGCGAGCUAGGUAUUGCCGACGAGAGGAAGAGCGUAUGGCAGGCGCUCCAGGAGUUUGAUGCCAAAGGCUCGCUGCUUUUGACUACCUCCGUCUCCUUUCUCAUCUUGGGGCUGAAUCUCGGCGGCAACGUCCUCCCCUGUAAGCAGACUCCGCCUCUCCGUCUCGCGUGCCUCGAACAGAAAUUACCGUCGAGAAUUGCUGACAAGCCCAGGGUCUCACCCCUUUGUCAUCGCCUCACUCGUCAUCUUCACCAUCUGUUUCCCGACCUUUCUCCUCGUCGAGACGCGUGUGCCCAAACCCAUCAUGCCGCUGCACCUGAUUCGACACGCGCCUCGCAGAAACCUCAUCUUCUCCAAUUUCAUCGGUGCCCUGCUGUCCAACUCUAUUUUCUUCAACAUCCCAAACGCCCUCUGUAUUUCCAGGCAGUCCUCCUAACCUCAGCAACCUCGUCCGGUCUUCGUCUCGCCCUCCCCUCCGUCGUCGCAUCCCUAGCCGGUACCAGCACCGGCUUCGCCAUCACCUGGACCCGCCGUCUCAAGUGGCCCCUCCUCACGGGAACCCUCGCCUACCUUGUCGGAACCAUCUGUCUGUGCCUCCUCCGUCGCGACCUCUCUCCGGCCAUGUACUUCCUCGUCCUCGUGCCUUCGUCCCUCGGCCAGGGCUUUCAGUUUCCCGGCACCUUCAUGGCCAUCCUGGCCUGCUCCGCUCAGAGCGAGCAAGCCGUCGUGACGAGCACCCUCAUCCUCUGGCGUAGCCUUGGCAUGGUCCUCGGCGUCGCCUCAAGCAGUCUCGUUGUCCAGAACGCUCUGGUGCACUACCUGCACCUAUUCGUCCGCGGCCGUGAUAGCGAGGCCGUCAUCGAACGCGUAAGGGCCUCCGUCGAAGCCAUUGCCAAGCUCGACGAACCGUAUCGGGAGCAAGUCGUGCGCAGCUACGAGGCGGCCCUACGGCUGACGUUUGCAUGCUGCAUCGCCUUUGCUGCCCUUUCCGUCCUGCUCAUCAUCCCCGUCAAGCUACCCCGUCUCGCAUUGAGGAAGCGCUGA